GGAAAUAUGGCGCACGGAGCACUGCAUAUACCAGGGGUAUUCAUUGCUUCACUCUAUUCGUUUGUAGCAUUUUGUCUGUCUGUUUUCGUCACCUUUGCAGCAUUUGACUCAGCAAACGCUGACAAUGUAUUCAGUGCGAGCCACACGGCUACUGCGCCCGUCGCUGUCGCUCGGGAUCUGCGGUACCUUUUGUAUGACGUGAACCCUCCAGAGGGGUUCAAUCUGCGGAGAGAUGUCUACAUCCGCAUGGCCUCCCUGGUGAAGACUUUGAGAAAGGAGGGGGAUGACUGGGUGUUGGUGUUGCCCCCAUGGGGUCGCCUCUACCACUGGCAGAGCUCCAACAUCCACCAGAUUCGCAUCCCGUGGGGAGAGUUCUUCAGCCUCACUAGCUUGCAGGCCAAUGUACCUGUCAUUGAGUAUGAGGAAUUCAUUGCUGAGAAUGGAGGUCCAUUCAUAGACCAGGUUCUGGUGCUGCAAAACUACGCAGAGGGAUGGACUGAUGGGAAAUGGGAGGAAAAAGUUGAUGAGCGGCCAUGUAUUGACAAGUUGAUGUACUCCAAAGAUAAACAGGGCUACUACAGGGGCUGGUUUUGGGGCUAUGAGGAGACGAGAGCUCGAAAUGUAACUUGCAUAUCAGCCCAAGGCCACGCGUCCAUCAUGGCCCCUGUUCUACAGAAAAACAUCACAGUGACAUCCGUUAUGCUUGACCGAGCAGAGACACUCCUCCAUGAUCACUAUGCUGGGAAGGAUUACUGGGAUACCCGCCGCAGCAUGGUUUUUGCCAAGCACCUGAGACUCAUCGGAGAUGACUUCAGAGCAAAGUACCUAAACUCUACAGAUGACAGAGACCAUACCAUUUACAGUGAGGACUGGACACGCAUGAAAGCCAAGCUGGGCUCAGCUAAAGGUGGUCCAUAUCUGGGAGUCCACCUGCGCAGGAAGGACUUUAUCUGGGGUCACCGUGAGGAUGUACCCAGCCUUAAGGGUGCAGUGAAGAAGAUCCGCAGCUUGAUGAAGAAGCACAAACUGGACAAUGUGUUUAUUGCCACUGAUGCAGAUGAGGAAGAACUGAAGGAGCUGAAAAGGUUGCUGCCAGACAUGGUGCGGUAUGAGCCGUCCACAGAGGACCUGGAGCUGUUUAAAGAUGGAGGAGUGGCCAUCAUUGACCAGUGGAUAUGUGCCCAUGCAAGAGUCUUUAUAGGAACAUCAGUGUCCACCUUCUCUUUCCGGAUCCAUGAAGAAAGGGAGAUCCUGGGCUUUGACCCAAAAACUACUUACAACCGUUUCUGUGGGGACACUGAGAAAGAAUGUGAACAGCCCACACACUGGAAAAUAGUUUAUUGAUGUGACCUCUCACUUACCCAACACACACAAGUGCCAAAAGCAGUGUUAAAAGUGACAUUUAUUUGUAUGGAAUAUACAAGCUAUUUUAACUGUUUGAUGGUGUAUUUUUGACUUUACAUGGUUUCAGAGUUGUGCAAUCAGGUCUGUAGUGACCACUGUGACUGAGCCUUAUGCUCAAGAGGCCACGACUGGGCUGCCAAACAUGUGUUACUGUAAUGUUCAACAAGUGAAUCUGCAAAUAUUUUUUAAGUUGUAUGUUGAAUGUGGAUCCCUAAUGUCAGCCUGGUAUUUUACAUCAUUUCUUAUAUUUAUGACCAGCACCACUGGUGAGAACAUGUGUCUUAUAAUGAGUGCAGCAGAAAUUGUUGUAUGGGAAUAUUCUCAGUUUAACAUUUUGUGAAAUUCAAAGAUGUUGAGCAUCUGAAGUUAUUCUGUUUUUUAAAUGUAUGAUUUUGUCCCCCAAAAAUAGCACCACAUAAGUAUGGAGGAACAUUCAGAGAUCAUAAACAUAUUGUAAAGAUAAUGCAUUUUUAAUUAAAGGGACCUUGUGGAGUUUUCUUGUAAACAAAUUAAGGUGUGUUUACUUUCCGUUUUGUCUUCUUUACCAAAAAGAAUUGUGUGUAACCUGAUUGAAUGCAUGUCCCUCCUCAGAAAAAAAAAAUUGCAGAACUUAUUUUUGAAGUACUUUGAACCCUACAAUGUUUUCAUUCACAUUUGCUAGCUGUCUUCUUCACUGCCUUUUUAUUUUAGCACAUUGUUUAGUUUCUUUGUGUGUUACUGCCACUAACUGUUGAUCCGUGGAUUAGUGUUAAACUGGUCGCCACACUCUAAAGCACAUGCAUUGCAUCCUUGUGCCUUUGCUCGAGAACCAAGAAAAGUGGAUCUGCUCACAGGAACACCGCUCCACAGCGCUACUAGUGGUCACAAACUCCACAGGUUGCCUUUAAAAAUAGGACACCAGAUAGAAGCUAAUGACUCCCAGCUCACAAACUGUUAAAAGAGGUGCAUUUUUCCCUCUGCUUUUAUUAUGUAUCAGUGUUUGAGUGAACAAACUUUCCCUUAUUUCAUAUUUUUAUGCAAUGCCAGUAUUUGUUACCUUGUAUUAAAUUAUAUUACUGAUGUUGGGAAGGUAGAAACAUCAUAAAUAACAAUAUCAUGAUGAACUCUAAUGCUGCUUAAUUCUUUCAAAGUUUUCUUUUUGAAACCACAGACUACAUAUAUAUACUGUACAUUUGCCGUUGAGCGUAAUAGUGUUAUUGCUACGACCGUUGAAAGGAACUGAAAUGCCAAGAAGGAGCCACUGUGUCUCAUCAACACUUAUCAGCUAUGAAGCUAUUAUUUUACAACACACCCUGUAUUUUUUCCCAUCCCUGAAGAUGCCCAUUUUACUACUGGUAUGGGCAUUGUCUUCUGACUUUCUUUGUACAGCAGUAAUUUUGGUGUUGAAUAAAAGUUUUUAGCAAACUGAAAA